GACAGAAAAUUCCGAAAUCUCUCUCUUUGUCAUCAUCUUCUUUCUCAAUCUCUCUCUCUUCACUCAUCGACCUUUACAUCUUUUAACGGCUACAUUUCUCUCUCUCUACACAGAAACUUCGAUCUAGGUUUUCAAAUUUUGUUCUCUAUCUCGAAAAUCGAAGAAGGUUAUCUGAUCGAUCUUCGUCCAAUUUUACUCGCACAGUAUCAGUGUGACAGAUCAAAGUUUCCAAAUUAUCAGUUCUGGAAAGUCUUCGAGAAAUCUCCAGUUUCAGGCAGAAGCAUUUCGAAAUGGCAAGUGCGAAAAAAGAUCCGAUUCUUCAAGUAGAGACAACAUGUGGAUCACUCCUAUACGAACUCCAGAUUAUUUGGGAUGAAGUUGGAGAAACGGAAACUGAGAGAGAUAAGAUGUUGCUUGAGCUUGAACGUGAAUGCUUGGAAGUAUACAGAAGAAAAGUUGACCAAGCAAAUCGAUGUAGAGCUCAGCUAAGGCAAGCAAUAGCUGAUGCUGAAGCCGAACUAGCUGCAAUCUGUUCUGCAAUGGGAGAACGUCCUGUGCAUAUUAGACAAUCUGAUCAGAGCGUUGGGAGCUUGAAACAAGAGCUUGGGACGAUUCUUCCUGAACUGGAAGAGAUGCAGAAGAGGAAAAUUGAAAGAAAGAACCAAUUCGUAGUUGUCCUGGAAGAAAUACAAAAUAUCACUAAUGAUAUUAAAGGUCAAGGAGAACAUGUUCCUUCAAAACCACUCAUCGAUGAGACUGACUUGUCUAUGAGAAAGCUUGAAGAGUUACAUUGCCAAUUGCAAGCACUUCAGAAGGAGAAGAGUGAUCGCGUGGAGACGAUCCGGAAGCACCUGUGUUCACUGUAUUCACAUUGUUCAGUACUUGGAAUGGACUUCAAUGAUGUUGUUGGCCAAGUGAAUCCCACAUUAAGUGACCCAGAAGGACCAAGAAGCUUAAGUGAUCAUACGAUCGAGAAAUUGGGGGCUGCAGUUCAAAAGCUGAGGGAUGUUAAGAUACAGAGAAUGCAGAGGCUUCAAGAUCUAGCAACAACCAUGUUGGAGCUCUGGAAUUUGAUGGAUACACCCGUAGAAGAGCAGCAGGAGUAUCAGCAUAUUACCUGCAAUAUAGCUGCAUCAGAACAUGAAAUAACUGAAGCCAAUAGUCUCUCUGAAGACUUUAUUAAAUACGUUGAGGCAGAAGUUGUACGAUUGGACGAGGUAAAGGCAAGCAAAAUGAAAGAACUCGUCCUGAAGAAGAGAUCGGAGCUAGAGGACAUAUGUAGGAAAACCCACAUGUUACCAGUGUCAGACAGUGCUAUUGAUCAGACUAUAGUGGCGAUUGAAUCUGGUAUUGUGGAUGCCACAAUGGUCCUGGAGCAUCUUGAGCAACACAUUUCUAAGAUCAAAGAGGAAGCUUUAAGCAGAAAAGAGAUACUUGAGAAGGUCGAGAAAUGGUUAUCUGCCUGCGACGAAGAAAGUUGGCUUGAAGAAUACAACAGGGACGAUAACCGAUACAAUGCUGGACGAGGAGCUCAUCUUACUCUCAAACGUGCUGAGAAAGCUCGUAAUCUUGUUAACAAACUUCCAGGAAUGGUAGAAGCACUAGCCUCGAAGACAAUAGUUUGGGAACAAGAGAAAGGGAUUGAAUUUCUCUAUGAUGGUAUACGUUUACUUUCUAUGCUUGAGGAGUAUAACUUACUCAGACAGGAAAGAGAGGAAGAGCACCGUCGCCAACGGGAUCACAAGAAGCUACAAGGACAGCUCAUAGCAGAACAAGAAGCGCUUUACGGAUCAAAACCGAGUCCAUCAAAACCACUUGGUGGUAAAAAAGCUCCAAGAAUGUCAACCGGUGGUGCAGCAACAAACCGAAGACUCUCCCUUGGGGCAGGAAUGCAUCAGACUCCUAAACCUAACAAGAAAGCAGAUCACCGCCACAACGAUGGAGCUUUAUCAACUGGAAGAAGAGGGCUUGAUGUUGCUGGACUUCCCACAAGAAAACAGUCGAUGAAUCCUUGUGAACAGUUACAAUCUCCGUUGGUUCGCAAACCGUUCUCGCCUAUUUCGACCACUGUGGUUGCAUCAAAGGCCAAUAUCGCAACAACAACGACAACUACACAACAACUUCUUGCAACUCCUGUCAAGAACAAGAAUUUGGAAGAAGAGAAGAAGAUGAUGAUGAUGAUGAUGCAAACACCAAAGAAUGUAGCAGCGAUGAUCCCGAUCCCAUCGACACCAGCAACAGUCUCUGUCCCGAUGCAAACCGCAGCGACACCACUUAACAACAACAACACCACCAAUGCAAAGUUGGUCCUUGAAAAGCCUGAAGAAGUUGUUGAGUACUCCUUUGAGGAACGAAGACUUGCCUUCAUGCUACAAAACUCUUUGAUCCACGUUUGAGAUUUUAUCUUCUUUUUUUGUUUUAGUCUGUUUUUUUCUUUUUAACUCAAAUUGGAUGUGGUUUGGUUUGUAAAAGGUCAAUUAUAUGAUUGGCUUUUUCUUUCAAGAAUUCUUACAUGUCUGGUUUCUUCUAGACGAGCAAGAAAAGUGCUUUCGAGU